AUGUUCCUCCAGCAAACACUCCCUCUGACGUCUGAUUCACGAUCAAUCGAUCUAAGAGAUUCCUGGUUUACUGAAACAAAUAGAAAUGCUGAAGAUCUGUUGCAUUGGAGCUGGAUACGUGGGGGGACCCACAAUGGCAGUGAUAGCAUUGAAAUGCCCCAACAUUCAAGUGGCGGUGGUGGACAUUUCUGUCCCCCGUAUCACCGCCUGGAACAGCGACACUCUCCCGAUCUACGAGCCAGGCCUAGACGAUGUGCCGACAUAGUCUUCGUCUCAGUCAACACCCCAACAAAAACCCGCGGCCUCGGCGCCGGAAAAGCCGCCGACCUCACAUACUGGGAAUCCGCCGCCCGCAUGAUCGCUGACGUGUCAAAAUCCGACAAAAUCGUCGUCGAAAAGUCAACCGUCCCGGUCAAAACCGCCGAAGCCAUCGAAAAAAUCCUCACACACAACAGCAAAGGAAUCAAUUUCCAAAUCCUCUCAAACCCCGAGUUUCUUGCGGAAGGAACCGCAAUCCAAGACCUUUUCCACCCCGAUCGCGUCCUCAUCGGAGGACGCGAAACGCCAGGUGGACAAAAAGCAAUCCAAACGUUAAAAUCCGUGUACGCGCACUGGGUGCCAGAAGAAAACAUCAUCACAACAAAUCUAUGGUCCGCCGAGCUUUCGAAACUCGCCGCCAACGCGUUCUUAGCCCAACGCAUCUCCUCCGUGAACGCCAUGUCAGCGUUAUGCGAAGCCACCGGCGCUAACGUGUACCAAGUCGCGUACGCGGUUGGAAAAGACACGAGAAUCGGUCCGAAGUUUUUAAACGCGAGCGUUGGAUUCGGUGGCUCAUGUUUCCAAAAAGAUAUUUUAAAUUUGGUUUACAUAUGCGAAUGCAAUGGUUUACCUGAAGUUGCGGAGUAUUGGAAACAAGUGAUUAAAAUUAACGACUACCAGAAGUCGCGAUUUGUAAACCGUGUUGUCGCGUCGAUGUUCAACACGGUUUCGAAUAAAAAAAUCGCGAUACUGGGGUUCGCGUUUAAGAAGGAUACGGGGGAUACGCGUGAGACACCCGCAAUUGAUGUGUGUAAAGGGUUGUUGGGGGAUAAAGCGUGUGUGAGUAUAUAUGAUCCGCAAGUUACGGAGGAUCAAAUCCAACGGGAUUUGACUUUGAAUAAGUUUGAUUGGGACCAUCCGAUUCAUUUGCAACCGAUGAGUCCAACCGCGGUUAAACAGGUGGCGGUUGUGUGGGAUGCAUAUGAGGCGACGAAGGGUGCGCAUGCGAUUUGUAUUUUGACUGAGUGGGAUGAGUUUAAGAGUUUGGAUUAUCAGAGGAUUUAUGAUAAUAUGCAGAAACCAGCUUUUGUUUUUGAUGGGAGAAAUGUUGUGGAUCUUGAGAAGUUGAGGGAGAUUGGGUUUAUUGUUUACUCGAUUGGGAAGCCGUUGGAUGCUUGGCUUAAGGACAUGCCUGCUAUUGCUUAA